AUGACCGAUAAACUCAAGUCGAAGAUAGCGUCCCGAUUCCUCCCCAAAUCCACCUACACCGCCCCUGCAGCCACAGCGGCCAAUCUGUCGGGCACCACCAACAUGAAGACUCGGCCGUCAAGCUCAAUGCCCACGCCCACGCCGCGUGACUCGAAUGGUGCUCUGAGCACUCUCCGCGGCCAACCCAUCAUUAUGCACGAGGGCAGCAGGCGAAAUGCGCAGACGUUGGAGAGUGAAAAGGCUAGGGAUGAGUUGUUGAAGCAUGGGAUCACAGUCCGAGAUUUCCAGGUCGAAGCAGAUGCCAGGAAAUACGGCGACAUUGCCAGCCUGGGGAUGGCAGCACGGCAACAGGACUGGCAGGCUUUCGAGAGGUCAGGAGGAUCGGUCGAUCGGUCGAAUUGA